AUGGCGGACCAGCAUGAAGUCGAUCUCGACUCUAUAAUCGACCGCCUUCUGGAGGUUCGAGGCAGCCGUCCUGGCAAGCAGGUCCAACUUCUCGAGGCCGAGAUCCGUUACCUCUGUACCAAAGCCCGUGAGAUCUUCAUCUCUCAGCCAAUUUUGCUUGAGCUGGAAGCUCCUAUUAAGAUCUGUGGUGAUAUUCACGGCCAGUACUACGAUCUCUUGCGACUCUUCGAAUAUGGCGGAUUCCCUCCCGAGGCGAACUACCUCUUCCUUGGCGAUUACGUCGACCGUGGCAAGCAGUCCCUCGAGACCAUUUGCCUGCUUCUCGCCUACAAGAUCAAGUAUCCCGAGAACUUCUUCAUCCUGCGGGGUAACCACGAAUGCGCCUCCAUCAACCGCAUCUACGGAUUUUACGAUGAGUGCAAGCGGCGCUACAAUAUCAAGCUGUGGAAGACGUUUACCGAUUGCUUCAACUGCCUGCCUAUUGCUGCCAUCAUCGACGAGAAGAUCUUCACCAUGCACGGCGGCUUGAGCCCGGAUCUCAACUCGAUGGAGCAGAUCCGUCGGGUUAUGCGGCCAACCGACAUCCCUGACUGCGGCCUGCUUUGCGAUCUCCUCUGGUCCGAUCCCGAUAAGGAUAUCACUGGCUGGAGCGAAAACGAUCGCGGCGUGUCCUUCACCUUCGGUCCUGAUGUGGUCUCGCGUUUCCUCCAGAAACACGACAUGGAUCUCAUCUGCCGUGCCCACCAGGUGGUUGAGGAUGGUUACGAGUUCUUCUCCAAGCGCCAGCUGGUCACACUGUUCAGUGCGCCGAACUACUGUGGAGAGUUCGACAAUGCAGGUGCAAUGAUGAGCGUCGAUGAGAGCCUGCUCUGUUCGUUCCAGAUCCUCAAACCCGCUGAGAAGAAACAAAAGUACGUUCACGGCCUGGGAGGCAGCAGCAGACCCGCCGCAUCUCCCAAGAGGAAGUCCAAGACGUAA